AUGGGUGGUCAAGCGACAAGCGAAAAGAAAUUAUUCAAGAAAUUGCAACAGAAAGAUGAUUACGAAUACGAAGAUGAUUACGAAUACGAAGAUGAUUACGAAUACGAAGAUGAUUACGAAGAUGAAGAUGAUGACAAAUACGAAGAUGAUUAUGAAUACGAAGAUGAUUAUGAAUACGAAGAUGAUUACGAAUGCGAAGAUGAUUACGAAUGCGAAGAUGUUACGAAUGCGAAGAUGAUUACGAAUGCGAAGAUGAUUACGAAUGCGAAGAUGAUUAAGAAUACAAAGACGAUUACGAAUUCAAAGACGACUACAAAUACGAGUAUUAUAACGAAUACGAAUGAUAAAGCGGCGGCAACGGCGAAUACGAUGAUGAAUACAAAGAUAAACAUGAAAGGCAAAUGGAUUUUAUGA